AUGUCGCUGGGAUUAUCCCACCGCAUUGGGAUGUUAAGAGAUGGGUUGGAUGCUGACAUUGUGCUAUGGGAUUCGCAUCCUCUCCAUCCUGGCUCUUCCCCAAUACAAGCUUGGAUCGAUGGUAUACCACAGAGGUGGAGUCCAGACCUUAACAGGACUAUUCAAGAACAGUUGAGAGGGGCAGUUUGGCAGAUUGCACCUUCACAGCCAAACUUAGAUGAAGAACGAGAGCAGGCCGCGAAACUCGAAGGUUUCGUACCCCCCUUUGCCAGAAAUCAGACGGAGGGAAAAGUGAUCUUCACCGAUGUAAAGGAGGUGUGGAAUAGAAUACAGGGUGGAGAUAUUGAAAAGGCAUAUCCCACCACUGGGAAUGAUAGCCCUUCGGUCCCAGGGCUCGUUGUCGUCGAAAACGGAGUGAUCGUUUGUGUCGGGGAGCCUGAGUUAUGUUCGAGUGCUGCACGAGACCCUGACCAUAGGAUCAACCUUCAUGGAGGAUCUGUUUCGCCUGGUCUGAUGACAUUUGGCUCCCGGCUUGGCCUGCAGGAAUUCAUGGACGAGCCAUCGACUGGUGAUGGGUCGCUGUAUAACGCGUUUGCGUUUGACACGCCCCGGGUUUUACACGAUGUUGGCGGAAUAGUACGAGCGGUGGACGGGCUGAUGUUCAGUACUAGACAUGCCAUGUGA